UGUGGUAUUCAAAACGAUUGCCGAUCCGUUUGCAGGGGACAAUUGAGCUUCUUCCGUGUCUACUCUGGCACGUUGCAAGGGGAUACUCAAGUUAGCAAUUCGACGAGAGGAGAAAUUGAACGCCUCGGAAAAACGGCGUUCAUGAACGGUAAGGAUGCAAUCAACACACCACAGGUAGAAGCAGGAGACAUCGGCGCACUCACGAAACUUUCCGCGCACACCGGUGAUACGCUCUGCGAUAGAGACGCACCCAUUCAACUCCCAGGUAUUGAUUUCCCAAAUUCCGUCAUCUCCUAUGCCAUCCGGUCAACACGCGAAGGCGACGAUGAAAAACUGAUGACAUCACUCACACGGAUGUCCGAAGAAGAUCCGACGUUUAGGAUUGAGCGGAACGACGUUACGAAACAACUCCUCAUCUCCGGGCUCGGAGACCUGCACAUCAACAUUAAUCGGGAACGAAUGGCAGACAAAUUUGGAGUCGAGACGGAACUCUCACCGCCAAAAGUGCCGUAUCGGGAAACAAUUCGUCGGAGAGUCCAAGGCAUCCAAGGCAGACACAAACGCCAAUCCGGUGGAAGAGGGCAGUUCGGCGACGUCACGAUUAACCUCUUGCCCUUGCAACGAGGCGAGGGUUUUGAGUUUGUUAACAACAUUGUGGGUGGGGCAAUUCCGCGCAACUAUAUCCCGGCUGUCGAAAAAGGCGUCCGCGAGAGAAUGGAUAGAGGCUUACUUGCUGAGUUCCCCAUCGUCGAUAUCCAAAUUGACCUCUAUGAUGGCAAAUUCCACCCGGUCGAUUCUUCGGAUAUGGCUUUCCAGAUCGCUGGUUCUAUCGCCUUUUCUGCUGCCGCCGAACAAGCCGAUCCGUGUUUGCUCGAACCGGUUAUGAGCGUCGCGAUCACGGUGCCUGAACAGUUUAUGGGAAGCAUCAUUGGUGACCUGAAUGGACGGCGCGGACAAGUGAUGGGUGUCGAGCAGAAUGGGAGAAAACAGGUAAUUCAGGCAAAUGUCCCACUCUCGGAGAUGCUCCGAUAUUCGAUUGAUCUCAAGUCAAUGACGAGUGCCCGCGGUAACUUCACGAUGGAAUUCUCACAUUACGAGAUAGCACCUGACGAUGUUGCGCAGAAGGUAAUCGCUGAGUCGAAAACCGAAGAGGAAGAGUAG